AUGUUCCAUACCUUUGAAGGAUUUGAAAACCCAACGGCCGCAACCCCGGCCCGCAACCGACCCAAUAUUGAGCGCCGGGAGUCGCUGAGCCGCCGUGUCACCACGCUGCGCGCCUGCACCUCCUGCCGACACCGCAAGAUCAAAUGUGAUGGCGAGAAGCCGUGCGAGGCCUGUCGAUGGUACAAGAAGACAGACCAGUGCCAUUAUUCGGAUCCGCGACCAUCGAGGCGCCACGUAGAGAAAUUAUCCACCACUCUGGAUGAAUAUCGGAGUGUGCUUGGGAAACUUUUCCCCAAUAUCGCCCCAGAAUCCCUCGUCAAUCUGCCUCGAGAGAAGCUACUCGAGUUGACGGGGGGCGCGGCACCACACCCUGCUUCACCCGCGACCUCUGUCUCGGUGGAGGCACAUGUGUCUCCGUUAUCCAAUGCAGAUGAUAAUCUCGAGUCUCUCCAGACGAUGCCCGAGGAGCUCGACGAUAGUCGGCCGAGCUCAACCGACCUGGUUGAGGGGGUGUCAGACGAUGUGAAUGCAUUAUCGCUUUCCGCAAGACAGCCGUCAUCUUACCUCGGUGUAUCAUCCAUCCAAGCUGUGAUUAAGGUCAUCGUCUGGUUGGAUCCGGGAUGCGCAGCGCACUUCUCCAGAACUCCUCCCACGCAUCCCCGCGAUCAAUCGGGGCUGGAUUACGAUGGUUCUUCCGGGUGGCCUCACCAGCAACCAGCGACUCCUCCGCAGCCAUCAAUCCCACCAACCGAGAUGCAAAUGCUAGAUGCAUACUUUCUGUAUUUCCAAGCAUUCGCGCCCUUGAUCGAUGAACGAAUGUUUCGUGAUACAUACAUCUCAGGACACCGGAAGGAUGACCACUGGCUUGCACUGCUGAAUAUCGUCCUGGCUCUCGGAAGUGUCGCGGCCUCCAAUCCUGACGACCGAACACACCAAACAUACUUCCUGCGUUGCAAGAGCCACCUCAGCUUAAGCUCUCUGGGCAGCUCUCAUCUAGAAACCAUUCAGGCUCUGGGCCUCAUCGGCGGAUGGUACUGCCACUACAUCAGCCAGCCAAACCUCGCGUACUCCUUAAUGGGCGCUGCAAUCCGUAUGGCCGCUGGGCUGGGUUUACACAAAGAAUUUGCAGAUAGCCAUCAAAUCCCCAGCCCAUCUAAGUUAGCAUCCAUGGACCUGAAACGCAGAGUAUGGUGGUCUCUUUUCUGUAUGGAUACCUGGGGCGGCAUGACUCUCGGCCGGCCUAGCAUGGGCCGUUUUGGUCCAAAUAUCACCGUCAAACCCCCAAAUUGCCGGGACAAGGAAAAUGUCCUUGAGAUGCUUCCUCUCGUGGAAAAUAUCCGCUUUGCCAAGAUCGCAACUCAAGUUCAAGAAUCACUGGCAGCCGCUCCGCUGGUGAAGCACCAGGAAAUGUCACAUGCGGAUGCCCAGCUCCUCGAAUGGUGGGAGAACUUACCCCCUGUUCUAAAAGAUCAUGAGCUAUGUUCAGAAUCCAUCAGCACCGUUCGCACAGUCAUGCGAUGGAGAUAUUAUAACCAACGGAUGCUCCUAUAUCGACCCACUCUGCUGAGCUAUGCCAUGCGACGUGUCCCCUAUAUCGCCCUUCGUGUUGAGGAACGCACCGCCAUCGAAAAGUGUCGUGAGGUAGCCGAGCUAUCCAUCCAGAAUAUCGCAGCCACGGCGCAGCUCAACCAGCUCUGUGGCUGGAAUGCUGUUUGGUGGACUUUCCAAGCCUCAUUGGUCCCCCUCGUCGGCCUGUUCCUGAAUGAUCCCACGGCCGAUGACCCCCGUGCCUCGAUCGAGUCCUGUCAAAGACAAGUCGAGACUGCAAUGACAACCCUCGCCCGGAUGCAGUCCUACGGACACACCGCGAAACGAUCCCUAGAUGCCAUUUCGCGGAUCUACGAAGCAAGUAAACGUGGCGAGGACAUGCCCACCACCAGCAGUGCGGAUUCCUUACCGAACAACCUCUUCCCCGCUGGUCGGGAUACAAUCACGCUGUUCUCCCCGCCCGAACCGGGACGCAUGGGCAUGUCGCUGGGGGAGAACGGGAUUCCUGAAAACCUGUCUACCCCCUUCGUCGAUGAUUCUGGCCAAUAUCUAUGGGAGUAUCUGAGCUGGAGCGAUAAUAAUUUAUGGCCGGGUCUGACAGACAUUGAUACGCGAAGCGAAGCCAUGGCACUGUUGACGCCAGAUCAUGAAAAGGGACCGAAGUUUGGGACGGCACCCUAUUUUGAGCCGAUGCCUGAUUCUUAUUUCGUCAACCCGGCUUUAUACUACUAG